AUGGGUGAGCGGCUGGUGCACAAACCCGGUGACUGUCAGUGCACCUGCUGCAAAGCAUUUGCGCGGGUGUUUGGCAUCCUCUUCGGGCCUGGCAGCACUCCACCCUUUCGGGAGAGCGCCGGAGCUCUCCUGGACACUACCUACCUCCACUUGCUCGAGCUAUCCCAUCGGCUUCGACAAGGAGGUGGUGACAACGCCCCUGGAGAGGCGGGGGAUACAGGAGGAGCAGCGGCUCCUGAGGUGGGGGCAGGUGCUCCUGGUGGAGGUGGUGGGUCGUCCGUGAACCCGGACCCACCGACGGUGGCAGAGCCCGAAGGCCCAACUGCCACUGGAUCAGGCUCAGUGCCUGAAGAGGAGGCUGAGGUAGGAAAAACCUCAGGUGACAAGAAGAAAGACAGAGAUCGCAGGCGAAGAAGAAGGCGACAGGAGAAGAGUCCCAUCCCAGUGAAGCAGGAGGCAGACGCUGAGGACACUACAGAGCCCUUGGUGGAGGCGAGGGCGGAAGAGACUACCCCAGAGCGAAGAGAAACAGAUCAUCGUGACCCUUUGCCACGGGGUCGCAGGGAAGCCUCAGCUCAGAAGGAGGACAAAGGUGAGAGACAGCAGAAAGCUACUGCCCGGAAGAAAUACCCCGGACCGUCGGCAGCACCGGAAACGGGGGUGAAAGCACAGUUCAGUGGAGCCAGAAUCCAAAAGAAGCAGGAGGAAGAGAUUGACGAGGAGGCCGACGACGAGGAUCCAGCUGAGUCGGGAGUGGAGGAGACGAAGAAGCGGACAGGCGAUGGCGGGGGGAGACCCCUGGGCGAGGAGUGGAAGAAGGCCGACGCCCUCGCCAUGGAGACCAUUGCAGGGUGGAAGACGGUGCAGGCCAAAGGCAGCUAUUGGGAAGAAGCCGCAGAGGUUGCAGGCAAUUUGGUGGAGGUGAGACUUUCGGGCGGUCAACGAGAGGUGGUGAUCCGGGUGACAGGUACAAAUUGCGAGGCUGUCUUGAAGGCCAUGUCGGCGGACGCCAAGCGGGAGAUGGUGCUACACCUGUGCCCGGAUCCUUGCCCGGUGAAAGCCUGGUCGGACAACCUCAUGCACAUUUCAGAGAUCAAGGAGGUGGAGUUGGAUUCUCUGGCGUGGGGUCGUUGCCUCCUGGAUCAUCGGGAGGGGACCGCAGGGGAAGAAGACGAGUUGAGCCGCCUUCGAAGAGAAGCAGACGAGAUGAGAGAUCGAGGAAAAGGUCGAGGAGACACAGCAGUGGGAGGCGAGGUGAUGGCACCUCCUGGAGAUCCGGGAGGCGCGAAAACCGACAAGGACGAGGAAAAGAAGAGGAGAAAAAAGAAGAAGAGGAAGAAGGUGAAGAUAGAAGGCACCAAGGAGUUGUCGGUGAUCUACGGCAAGACAGGCCGAAGAAGGAUUCGGAAAAGGGCCAGAAAGAUCACAGACCGGGGCAAGAGCAAGAAGAGGUCAUCUUCGUCGGACAGCGAGGAGUCGAGCAGCAGUACCAGCGGUGCCAGCUUGGAGGGGGAUCAGGAGCUGUUCGAAGCUCCCACGCCAGUUCAGCAAGUGUGGAAGAAGUAUCCGGGGAGCUUGACAAGUGCUAUGGUGGCGGAGGCCAGGCAAAGCCUCUUGGUGCAGUUGGGAGGACACUCCCUGAGAGAGCUUUGGCGAGCAGGACGUCACGCCAGCGAGGAGUCCAAGGUCUUCAACAAGGACCUUGCCCUCUUCCUGAAGAUCAUUUUUUGA